UGUGCCGCGCCUCCCCCCGCCCCCACCGCGGCCGGAGCCGGGCGGCAGCGCGACGAGCGGGCGCCGGGCGGAGCGAGCAUGAAGGACCGGACGGGGGAGCUCCGCGCGGCUAAGGACAGUGAUGACGAUGAUGAAGUCACCGUUAGCGUGGACCGGGAUCGCUUCAUGGAUGAGUUCUUUGAACAGGUGGAAGAAAUUCGAGGGUUCAUCGAUAAAAUUUCUGAGAAUGUGGAGGAAGUGAAGAGGAAGCACAGUGCUAUUCUUGCAUCCCCAAACCCAGAUGAGAAAACCAAGGAGGAGCUCGAAGAAUUAAUGUCUGACAUCAAAAAGACAGCGAACAAAGUGCGCUCCAAGCUAAAGAGUAUUGAACAGAGUAUUGAACAAGAGGAAGGAUUGAAUAGAUCAUCUGCUGACCUGAGGAUAAGAAAAACGCAGCAUUCCACAUUGUCCCGCAAAUUUGUGGAGGUGAUGUCUGAGUACAAUGCCACCCAGUCUGACUACAGGGAGCGCUGCAAAGGGAGGAUUCAAAGGCAGCUGGAAAUCACUGGCAGGACCACAACCAGCGAAGAGCUGGAAGACAUGCUGGAGAGCGGGAAUCCAGCCAUCUUCUCCUCUGGGAUCAUCAUGGAUUCCAACAUCACCAAGCAGGCGCUGAAUGAGAUCGAGACACGCCACAGCGAGAUCAUCAAGCUAGAGAACAGCAUCCGGGAGCUGCAUGACAUGUUCAUGGACAUGGCCAUGCUGGUGGAGAGCCAGGGCGAGAUGAUUGACCGCAUUGAGUACAACGUUGAGCACUCUGUGGACUACGUGGAGCGGGCUGUGUCUGACACCAAAAAGGCUGUUAAGUACCAGAGCAAAGCCAGGCGGAAGAAGAUCAUGAUCAUUAUCUGCUGCGUGGUCCUGGGCAUCGUCGUUGCCUCCACCUUGGGCGGCAUUUUCGGAUAGAUCUUGCCAAGGCGAAACUUUCUCUGUAGACAAUGCGAUGGAGCUGCCGAGCUGCCACGGCCCAGCUGCGCCCAAGGGGAGCCAAGCCCUGCAGCCGCCAGGGAGGGGCCCUCCCAGCAGAAUUUCAGUUUCUAAUGCAUGAUCGUUUUGUAACACUGUGUGUACGGUGUGGUGCGUCUGUGUGGCGAGGGGGCAGGCGGACAGUAUCCGGGGCUGGGACAUGGCGGGGAGCUGGACCUGAAGGAGGGCAGAGCAUGCAUGUGGCACUGAGCCUAGGGCAAGGCAGCUAGCUGGUGCAGAGGGAGCCAGGUUGCCCUCGUGUAGUGAGUCUCCUAGCAUGGUGCCAGGUGCAGGACAGCAAGUUGUGCCAAUGGCACUGGGCGAGGGAGAGCGAGGGGCAGUGCUGUGUCCCCUGCAGAGCAGAGGAGAGCACUAGCCAGCCAGUUCCCACCCACCUUUGUAGCCUGGCACUGCCAGGGGGUGUUCACUGGCAGUCAUAGCUCCUUCUCCCUCUGCUCUGCCAGGGCACUGCUGACAAAGCGCCAUACCCCUCAGCCUGCUCCCUGUAGUGCCUCCCUCCCCAGGGCACACCUGGCACUGCACCUGCCCAGCUGCUGCUCCCUGAAGUGCCCCCUCCACCAGCCAUACCUGGCACUGCACCUACCCCUGCCUGCUCACCGCAGUGCCCACCUCCACCAGCUGGCCCUGACCUCCCCUCGCUGGCUGUUUGGUGCAAGGCCCAGUCCCUGCUGCUGCCCCUUUCCCUCCCCUCUGGCUGGCUGCACAGGGUUCGUUUCUCUUUGCCGCUGCACUGCUGUGGCUGGAGGGUGUUUUCUGCAAGGCUGGGCUGAUGGGGCAGCUGUCCCAUGUGGUUGGCUGGGCCCAGUUCCAUGGGGGGUGGGGGAAUGUUGGGGUAGGGUGGCAUGUGCUCUGCUGCACUGCCCCCCGGGCGAGCCUAUGACCCUCUUGUGCUGAUGCUUCCCAAGUGCUGGUGCAGGUUCCCUGGGGGGGAACUGCACCCCUUUGGAAUAGGCCCACGGCAUCAGCGUUCCCUGGCAUGCUCCAUGCCCGUUUGGCAUGGGGGAGAUGGGCAGUGCCAAGCAGGCAGCUGGCAAGGAGCUUGCUGGCCACUGCAUGGGCCUGGAGCCACCUCUAGGGCUGGGCAGGAGGUGUCUGAAUUGCCUGUGCCACUCACCCAGGGAAGGGGAUGAGGCCAGAGCAGAGGCUCAUGUUGUCCUGGGUGUGGGUUGCUGGGCAGCUGUUCCAGGGCUGGGACUCCUGCAGGCAGCUCUCAGCCCUGCCCCAGCCCCCAUCACCUGCCCCCACACUCACUGUGGUAAGGGGCACCAGGGCCCUGCACUGCCCUCUGGCUAGCACAGGGGGGUGGAGAGAUGCCCAACUGCUUGGUGCUGCCCCAGGGAGGGAUCCCGCUGCGGCCUGGCUGCUAUUUCCUGCCCCCCUCCCUGCUGGGCAUGGCACUCUGAGCACCUGUGGCUGAGCUAGGUGGGAUUUCCCAGGCCUGGCUCCCCCGUCACCCCUCCCCUGCGACAGACCCAGGCUCUGUGCCCCAACUGCGCUUGGCUCCCCCAACCCUGCUGUGUCUGGCCAGUUGGGGACGGGCCUGGGCUGCACAUGGGAGUCCUGCAGCCGUUCCCCAGGCUGAGGUCCCCACAGAGCAGCCCUGGCACCAGGCUCCUGCGCUGCCAAUGGGCAGCUGACGUUCAGUGUUGUAAGCUCCGUCUCUUCCAGCUCCCAAAGGGAGAGUGUUGCGGGGCUGGCUGUCCCUCCCCCAUCCAGGGGCACCCCCCUCACCACAGCUGUAAUGCAAGAGCCAUGCCAGCCCUCUGGCCUUCCUGUGGGGGGUGCCUGACCUCACCCCCAGCUCAUCAGCACUGAGCGCUCAAGGGACCAGUUUGCCAAGACACCCCUGGCUUCAGGGCACCACAACCCACGUCCCUAGGGGCUGCAGUGAACGUGUGUGUGGUGGCAGCCUGCACACCUGCUGGAGGGAGCCCACAGUGACAGCCUGGCCCCCUGACCCUUCCCAGCCCUGCAGCUCUGUGAGCCCAGAGACACCUGGGAGCGAGAGCCCACCUGUGCUCGCCUGCCUGGGGUGGGUCUGCGCCAAGGCCCUGUCUGCUCUGCCUGGAUCCCCGCAGCGAGUGAGGAGGGCCCUGUGUGUGGCAGGUCAGCAAGCAAUAACAGGCUGCCACCAUGACAGCUCUUGGUGAGCAAGGACUGGUGGUCACCCUUUCCAAAAUGCAGCUGCUGGGGAGGCUGAUCAGCUAUUUCUUCCUGAAGGCUCCACAGCACCUCUGCAGCCUUUAGGAGCAGGGCUAGAACCCCGGCUGGGGUGAGCCAGACAGCCCUGCCCCACAUCCUCAGGUGCAGGCACUCAGCACACCACCCCGCUGCCAGAACAGCUGAGCAUGCAGGGGACAGGUACCGUGGGGGAUAAGGCACCUGCCAACACAUUUGCAAGAAACCAGCAAUACAAAGGGGGCAGGUGAAAUUGGGGGGACAGCAAUACAGCAAGUGGGAUUCUGCCAGCUAGGGCUCCCCUCCUAGCAGCUGCUCCGUGGGGAGCUGACAUAACCAACCUGUGGGGCUGAGAAGCCUGCAGUAGGCAAGGCAAAGGGCAUUCUCUAGGGGUUAGGGGCUAUUCUUUCACUGGGGGCAGUGGAGGGAAG